CUAACUAUCCCACAUGUUGCAUAGUUAUAAACGAAGAUUGUGUGAGCUAUUCUCCUUAGACCUUCGACCUUACUGUCUGUCAGAUCAGCCCAACUUCAUUUAUUAAUGGUUUUGGAUAUGGUGCAUUCUAAAAGCGAACAGAAGAGAAUAGACCAAUCAUGAGAGGACAAGAUGUAAUAAGGCUUUUAGGCUUUGUUUUUCUUGGUGUUCUGCUAUCACUGUUGUAUCAGGAAUGGACAUCUAAUGCUGAUGGUCAUUGGUUGCCAUACUGGUUUAGAGGAAUUUUGCUGGUAUGCUGUGUGUUUUGUACCAUAGCAAGUCUUCACAUCUCUAUCAUGCCUGCUUGCCGUUACACACCUGCCAACAUCCUUAUUCUUCAGUAUCUCUUUGAUUGCUUUAUGUCUGGGCUAGGGAUCUACUUCUCCCACAAGUUAGAAAGGCAGACUAAAAUGUGUCAAAAAGAACAAGAGCAGUUUCUUCAGAAACUUCUGAAAAAGCAGUCAUCUACAACUUAUGGCAAGGACAAGAAGUUUUCCUCCAUGAAAGGUAGUGAUAAGUUCCGCCAACAACACCCAUUGACCUUCCACUGCCAUUAUGAGCCUUACCUUAAGCAGAUUUUAGGUGGAGAGGAAAAUGUGUUGAUCGAAGGAAAGCCUUUAAGGUUUGGUCUAACAUCGGGAACUACCGGCCAGCGAAAGAUGAUUGUGACAUCCAAGAGCCGCAUUCUCCUGUUUAUAUUGAAAUUUGUUCCCAUAGGACAACGAAUACUGCGUAAGAGUAUUUUGCCAUCAUUUUCACCUCUCCUAAAGACAUGCUAUGUCUACACCCACACUCAACCAAAUUACCCUUGUCCUGGAAUCACGAUGGGACCAACAACAAUGCUAAACCUACCUGAUCUUCUAUAUCGCCUUCAGUAUAGCACACCUCCUGCAGGGAUGCGAUUAACCAAUGAGAAACAAGCUACAUAUGUCCAUCUGCUCUUUGCUCUUCGAGAUCCUGACCUUCAAGCAAUCUUUACCAUUUUUGCAGCCUCUCUAUAUAACACCUUCAAGAUCCUAGAAGAAGAGUGGCCUUGUCUUGUGAAUGACGUACGGGAAGGUUGUGUCAGUGACAGUAUCAACCUUGAUCAUGAAGUCAAAAUCAGUUUGGAGAAAGAGCUCCAUCCUGAUCCAAAGAGGGCUAACGAGUUAGAGGCAGAGUUCAAGAAGGGCUUUUAUGAUAUCACAAGACGUAUUUGGCCGAGGAUGAGCAGUUUAUGGGGAGUGUCUUCGGGGUCUAUGACAGUCUAUGAAGACAUUCUCAAGGUCAAAUUCAUUGGAGAUCUGCCCAUUGUGUCAAUGAUCUACAACUCUACAGAAUGUCUUCUUGGGGUUCUGCAUGGAGGAGCUAAGAGAACAGAAUAUAUCACAUUCCCUGGAGAUGUCUUUUAUGAAUUCAUUCCAGUUGAGAACUGCUCUCAGGAACAACCUGAUACUCUUCUAGCUGAAGAAGUGAUGUCAGGUUCUUACUAUGAGGUUGUUAUCACAAACAUUGAUGGUUUGUAUCGCUACAGAAUGGGAGAUGUUGUCAAAGUGACUGGAUUCUACAACAACACACCUCUUCUGGAAUAUGGACAUAGAGUUGGUGAUGUAUUAGACAUGCAUGGGGAGCGGACACCAGAGAUAAUAAUCAAGGCUGCUCUUCAAGAAGCCAUUACCAAGUAUGCUACCUUCCAUCUUGUAGACUUCACUUGCAUGGAAAGUGAUGUAUUGAGAAAAUGUACAGGUGGAAGUGAUGAAGAAAUGUCUAACCAUUACACAUUGAUUGCUGAAUUGGAUGGAGUGGAUGGUCAAAUAGAGAAUCUUGAUAACCUAGAAAAGCUUGCAUUAGAUGUUGAUCUGGCUUUGUGUGAUCUAUCAAGUGCUUAUUCUGAUUGCAGAGACAGGGAUCUCCUACAACCUCUGCUACUUAUUCUGGUUAAACCAGACACAUUCAGAAAAUUUAGAUACCUUCUCUCCUCUAAGUCCAAUGGCUCAACUAUGCAAGUCAAGGUACCCAAAGUAUUGAGAAAUGAUGAGUUUAUACAAUUCUUUAUGCAAAGAAAAUUGGAGGAAUAAACCUCCGAAGUAAAUAAGAAAGUCAAAGUCGACAUAAUUGUGAAUUAUUGAAAAAAAAAGUCUUUGUGUCUCACAUUGUAGUAUUAGUAGUAGAAGUAGUAGAGGUUUGUUUCGCUAAACUUCAAAGUCUUGAGUUUCCAAAAUUACAAUGGGAAUUAGUUGUGACAGACUUUUGUUUGUCAUUGCUUUAUAGCCGCUCUUGUCUCACAAAUUUUCGAAACCUUUCUGUCAUGCACGUAAAACAAUAUUCUAAUGCCAUUGAAAUCAUCUGAUGAAAAAAAGGAAAUGAUAUUGCCAUGUUGCAAGCUUGUAAUUCCUCUUUAAGAAAUGGAUUGGGGCAAAUUUUCCUUUCUCUUUCAUUAUCGAAGCUAGCUUCAAAGAAUUAUUGAACUUUUGAAUUUAACGAUUAUGAAAGGAUAUGUAGUUUUGGUAGAUAGGGUUGUGAUUUGGUAUGAAAAAUAUCUUGCCUCCCUCGAUUAAUAUAGAACUUAACUUAAAGUUAAAACAUGAAUAAAUUGAAUAAAACAAAGCUGUAAUGACAAACAUUUUCCAAAAUUUGAGUUAAAAACAUCCUUUUAUACUAAUAGGAGCGAUAAAUUUGAUUGGGUUGUACAUAGAUGUCAAGGUCGAUGUCCUCGAAGUAGUAGGAGUAAGAGUAGUAAGUAGUAGUAGUAUUAGAGUAGUAAUUUGUAGCAGUAGUAGUAGUAGCAGUAGUA